AUGUCUUUGGUGACUGGUUACACUCCAUCACGCGUCACUCAAACAGCCUUUGGGGUACCAAUGUCUGGUGUUUCCAUGCCCACAUAUAAUGCCCGCGGCCGAACCAGGGGCACUGGUAUCAUGCGCCCUGCACGGCCAAGGGUCCCAGGGAGUGGUGUGACUUUGAAGGUUCUGAUAGUUCUUUUACCCAAGGAUCUCUCAAAUGUUUGUAAUGAAGAUGCUCCAGAUUUCAUGGACGAAGACUUUCUCUCGGUCACACGAUGUGUGAAAGUGCAAGAAGAAAAGCAAAGUGAGCGCGAAGCGCGAGAGAGUGCACUAAGAAUACCGGAUAAGGAAACGGAUAAGGAAGCGGAUGUGCAAAGCGAGUGCAAACACAGAGCGGAUAACGAUAACCAUUGGAAACACAAAGUGCGCCCAAGUGGUGACUACUACUCUAAGGUAAAACCCAAUAGCGAGGGAAGUACAGCAAAGGGGAGUAAUAAUGAUGGAGUACGCUGCAAUGCUUGUUACAAACCACGAGGCAAGGGAUAUGACGUACCAAUGAGGGCGCUUAAGCGCGAGAAAGCGCGCAAGAAACGCAAGUCUCUACAACAGAUGCGUACAGGCGAAGAGCUUGCUUCAGAUCUUCGUUUUCUCUCUAGAUAUGGCCUCACGAAGAAGCUUACCCUUCAGCGCCGAAAUGCUGACGACUAUGUCCUGGCCGACUUGAUCAAAGCAGUUACAGACAUAACCAUCGACGCCAAUAUUUGUUUCCCAUCAUAUAACCCCGAUCCCCUGGAUCUUGCUCCAGAUGAACUCAAUCAAGAUGUCCGCACAGAUUUUCACAAUCUUCCCUUCCGAUUUAUUGUUCCUGGGUAUUCUAACGCCCAUCAGGGUCAACGAUACCUGCGUGUUGACCAUUCAUUUUCAUUCCAGGAGCUCCGAUUUUCUACCUUCCAGAAGAAAUGCCCAAAAGGUGGACCUCUCAUUGGACUGGUGGAGCCCAAGUCCCCCCAUCAACAUUUCUGCUUCGCCAACCGCAUCAUGGGCCACCUAGUACAGGGCUUCGAUGACACUCCAUCUGUCCCUGGACGUUUCUUCACUGUCCCAUGGAAUAUUCGUGAUCUCUUUGAUCUAUCACAAGCUAUUCACUCCUCUGCCGACCAGGCCUACUCUGAUUCUACCCUGUGCAUAGAGGCCAAUACUGUAACAGACGCGGCUAAUGGCAUGAUUGAUGUCUUCCAACAUUACUAUAAGCGGCUCAGUGAAGGCGGUGCUCUUGACUCGGACAACCUGGUGAAGCAUGAUCUUACUGUUGGGGACAUGAAGUCCAUAUUCUCAAUACCUGUGUGGCAUUUUCAAGCUGGUCAUCGUAACGCAACUGACAGCUUUGGUAACGGCAUCAUGCGACAAGUAAUUCACACUGCCCUUCGGAAAAGUGUUUCCUGGACAUCUGACGGUAGUAAUGAAGAUAAUCUGGCACUUGCAGAGGGUGACGUCUGCAUUGAACUUGAUGAUGACUUUUGGGCUCUCAAGCUAUCGUGGUUCCCCUCUUCUAAAAAACUUGCCACCAUUUUCGCCAUUGGUCGUCUCUGUGCCUUGCACAUUCUUCAGGUGCAAAAUGGGCCGCAUCCAAUCUCACCAGCUCUUUUGAGCUUCAUCGUAAAUGGUGUCUUGUCUCUGACAACUUCAGAAUCAAACCAUUUGUGGCUUGGCGACAAUCUAUUCCCUACCUUGGCCAACAUUAUCAAGUCACUGCCCACCGAGGACGAGAAUGUGUCCAACCUUGUCAUGGAUGGAUUUGGUGAGAUUCGAGGCACCCCGUCAGAACGCUGGCCAAUGGUACGCCGGGACUUGAUUUGUGCUGCCCUGCUCAGUUACUCCCAUGAUGAGUUUGUCAACUCCCAAGAGUACCAGGCUUUUAAAGAUGGAUUUGACCUCCAUGUGACGUCAUCCAUUCCUUCGCUCUCUGAGAUUUUACAACCAAGUUUCAGUAGCAUUCUUCGAUCAAUCUAUGAUCACCAUCCAACUGCUGAUGUCUUGGAGAAUAUGCUAUGCUUUGAGGUUGAUAGUGAUGAAAACUUUCGUGCUCGAUUGUCUCCCUAUCUUCGCACGUUCAAACGCGCUGUCCUGAAGUAUUUGAAUGGCAAAGGCCACCCCCGUCACUCCAUAUUCGAAAGUCUACAUGACGAUGAAGCAAUGCCUCCACACUACCGUGCACUCCAUUUUGUUAAGGUGUUAAGUGGAAUUCCCUUGGUGCCAGCAGACCCUCUAGCACGAUUUAUGGUCAAUGUUACACAGCAUGUCCCAGCUGAUGCCACGUUCAAUGGUCAUCUAAACCCAGAAACCGAUCUCAUUCCGCCCAUUGCACAUGCCUGCAUGCUUAGGCUUGACAUAUUCAUGAACCCGAUGACACGCACGAAACCUGUUUCGUACAUGGUCAUGGCAAAUUUAUGA